AUGCGCUUCCAAGAGUCGUUUCUGCUCCUGCUGGUCAUCGGUGUUGGUUGUUACGGCACCAACGCAGAGACCGAAGCCAGUAUGCUGUCCGACCCGAAGACCGAAGCCAGUGCGCUGCUUGACCCAAAGACCAAAGCCAGUAUGCUGCCCGACACGCACCUGCGACCGAAUCGAGCGCAUGCCGCUGAUGACCGCCGUUUUCACGAAGGGAAGGUACACGCAUCCAACGUUGCGGGAGUGCAUGAGGAGAGGAAUGUCCCCUCGUUCAAGCAAGUGUUCGGCGUUAUUCCAACGGGUCUUGGGGGCUCUUCGUUUGCCCGAGGCUCAAAGAAACUGCUUCUGUUUCCUGUGAAGGCACUCCGUCGUGCUUACCAUAAGGGGGUGGGUACGAUGGCCGGCGACAAGCGAUACAUGUAG